GGGCGAGAGGUGCAUCAGCCCGCGGAGGCAGCGGGCGGGCAGGAGGUUGAGAGGCAUCUGGGCAGGCAGACAGGCAGGCAGGCAGUCGGGAGGAGACGAGGAACGAUUUGGACAUGCUCAUUCUCGGGCGCUUGGUUGCCUGCAUCCACCUCGUCUGUAUCCUCAGAGUGGAUUUGGUGUAUGGAUACUACAGACAACAGCGGAAAUUGAUUGAAGAGAUUGAUUGGUCAUAUACAGGAACUUUGAACCAAAAGAACUGGGGCAAGAAAUAUUCAACCUGUAAUGGUGCCAAACAAUCGCCUAUUAAUAUAGAUGAAGAUCUUACCCAAGUAAAUGUGAAUCUGAAGAAACUUAAAUUCCAUGGAUGGGAAAAGGAAACUCUGGAAGAUACUUUCAUUCGCAACACUGGCAAAACAGUGGAAAUUAAUCUGACAAGUGAUUAUUAUGUAAGUGGAGGUGGGUUAGACACCAUAUUCAAAGCAAGCAAGAUCACUUUUCACUGGGGAAAAUGCAACGCAUCAUCAGAUGGAUCAGAACAUAGUUUAGAAGGACAAAAAUUUCCUCUUGAGAUGCAAAUCUACUGCUAUGAUGCAGAUCAGUUUACAGAUUUUGAAGAGGCAGUUAAAGGAAAUGGAAAAUUAAGAGCUUUAUCAAUUUUGUUUGAGGUUGGACUAGAAGAUAAUCCAGAUUAUAAUGCAAUCAUUAAUGGAGUAGAUAGUGUUAGUCGUUUCGGAAAACAGGCUGCCUUAGAACCAUUUAUUUUGCUGAAUCUUUUGCCGAAUGCAACAGACAAAUAUUACACUUAUAAUGGAUCUUUAUCAGCUCCUCCAUGCUCUGAAACAGUUGAAUGGAUUGUGUUUAAAGAUACCAUAAGUAUUUCUGAAAACCAGUUAGCUGUAUUCUGUGAAGUCCUUACAAUGCAGCAGUCUGGCUAUGUUAUGCUGAUGGACUACCUACAAAACAACUUUAGAGAACAGCAAUAUAAGUUCUUUGGGCAAGUGUUUUCCUCUUACACUGGACAAGAAGAAAUUCAUGAAGCAGUGGAUGGAGAAGACCAAACUAAGCAUGAGUUUCUGACAGAUGGGUAUCAGGACUUGGGGGCUAUUCUAAAUAAUCUGCUGCCCAAUACAAGUUAUGUUCUUCAGAUAGUUGCUGUUUGCUCUAAUGGUCUAUAUGGAAAAUACAGUGACCAAGUCAUUGUGGAUAUGCCUUUAGAGGACACAGAGGCUGACCUCAUUCCUGAACUGAAUGAAACUGAAGAAUAUGAGGAUGAAGUUGAUGAAAAGGAAACAGAGGUGGAUGAAGAAACUGCAAUGGUUCCUAGCACUGACAGUACAAUAAACCAGUUGAGGAGAGAUUUCCAGGUGAUUACAUCCAGCUACAGUCAAGAAAAAAUGGGGACAAAUCUCCAUGAAGCUAAAACAAAUAGAUACUUUACAAGAGAGGAAGAAUUGCGUAGCAAGGAUAAUGUUUUCAAAGCAGUUUAUUAUGCUACUUCUCCACCUGUUGGUGAAAUUUCUGAAGAGGAAGAUCAUUUUUUGGAGUCCCAAACAAUUACUGGAAUUCCUCCUCAGCUCAUCGACUCCACCAAAGGCGUAGAAGAAGAAUACAUAUACCUUUCUUCAGGCACUGAACCAACAAGAAUAGCCACUACUGGCCACAGUGACAAAGAUUUCUUACUGUCUCCUUUUAAACCUGAUGAGGAAUCUGAUGACUUCUGGAGUUCAGUUCCUACCACUUCUUCAGCACAGCUGGUUAGAGAGGAGACCUCCCAAGAAGAUACCCUUCCUUCAGGAAGUCCAGAUAUAAGUGUGCAUGAUGUUCUUUCCCAAGGCUCCAUUAAAUAUGUUUCAGAAGGUGCAGCACCCUCAAGCUCUGAUGAGCCUCCAAAGCAUACUUCAACUGAUGGAUAUUUAUGGCUUCAUAAUGCUACAGGUCCAACAACUCAAUCUGUUGAUACAUCAGCUAGUAGGCAAUUGUCUCAGAUCAGUUACACUGAUGCUUAUGUAGAGGCAUUAAAGCCAGCUACAUUGCCCUCUUCCAGCAGCCCAGUGAUUUCACAAGACACUUCAGAUGCGGAUUUAGAAUUGCCACAUUAUUCUACCUUUGCUUUCUCCUCUGCUGAAUUAUCACCUCACUCUAUCUCUUCAAGCUCUGGAGAAUUUGGUUCUGCUUCUGCUGCCAGUGAGGUACUCUCUCAGACAACUCAGCCAGUCUAUAAUGGUGAGAUACCUCUUCAACCUUCCUACAGUAGUGAAGUGUUUCCUCUAGUCACCCCUUUAUUGUUUGACUCUCAGAUGCUCGACUCUACCCCUGCUGCAUCAGAUAGUGAUGUGACCUUGCAUGCUACACCUGUAUUUCCCAGUGUUGAUGUGUCAUUUGAACCCACCCUGUCUUCCUAUGAUGAUAUACCUUUGCUUACAUUUUCCUCUGCUUCCUCCAGUAGUAAAAUGUUUCACCGUUUGUAUACAGUUUCUCAAAUGUUUCCACAAAGUGCUACUCCAGCUGUUGCAAGUGAUAAGGUGUCCCUGCAUGCUUCUUUGACGUUGGCAGAGGGUGAUACAUUAAUACAGCCAAGCCUUGCUGAAUAUGCUGAUGUGGUGUCACAUCAGACCACUCAUGCUGCUUCAGAGACACUGAUAUUUGGUCAUAAUAGAACUCACAUAUUUUCUCAAGUUGAACCAUCCAGCAGUGAUUUAAAUGUGCAUGUACUCUCUACAAUGUCUGAACUUCCUUAUGCUUUGUCUGGUAAUGUGGGCUCCCUCCAAAGCUUUACUGUUUCCUAUGACUCUUCAGAAUUUGUGCAUGAUUCUGUUGACAUAUUUCAUCAAGAUCCUUUAUUUAGCAGCUAUAACAAUGUACUGGUGCAUAAACCUUCUUCUGUAAUAUCACAAGCUGAUACUUUGCUGCAGCCUACACACUCUCUAUCUAGUGACAUGGAUUGGUCUGAAGCAUACUCUGGUAGUGAGUCCCUUUUGCCUGAUACAGAUACUUUGAUGAUACUUAAUGUUUCUUCCUCUGAUUCUGUAGAUGAGAUUCUAUAUGAAUCGUCCGGGUUUAGUGAUGUUAAUAACAUGCUCCAAAAAGGUGAUGUUAUAUAUGGAGAUAAGAGAGAACUGAAAAUUUCCUCCUCCUUAAGUGAAGUGUCUUCCAGUGCUCAAAGUAAAGUGAUACAUGAACUUUCUGCAUCUGUUUCUAAUAAUGAUGUAAUUAAGCAGAAUACAUCUCUGCAAGAAAGCCCACUUCCUGUUUCUAGCACAAAGGGAAUACUUCCAGUCUCUUUUGCUUUUCCCACUACUAAGAUAUUUGAUGAUGAUAUUAGUAAACUUACAGAAAAUCACCUUUCUGUUCAGCCUUUGCAUGUUACAACUCCGGCCUUUGACGACACUUUGCUUAAACCUAUGCUUAGUGCAAGCUCAGAUCAAGCUCUCUCUGCCCCUGCUUAUAGCAAAAUGUUAUCCUCGACUCAGCUGUACUUUUAUGAGACCUCAGCUACCUUAAAUAAUGAAGCGUUACUGCAGUCCUCCUUCCAAUCUUCUGACGAUGGCACUCUGCUUAACACAGUUGCGGUUGUGCCUAGUGAUCCGGUAUUGGCUGAAAGUUCAAGGGUUCAUAAAGAUAGUUCUACAUUUGACCAAAUAUUGCAUCAAAUGGCACCAGGUUCUGCUACAACUGAAAUCAAGCUGCAUCCUACAUCUCCACCUUCUGUUGCUGAUAUGAUGUCAAACACUUUUAGUAAGCCCACAGCGUCACUUCAAGGUUUAUCUGUUUCUUAUGCGAGUGAGGAGUAUGUUUCAUCCAGUUUGUUUAACAGUGAAGUUUUUCAGAAGGUUAUGCCUUCAUUGUACAGUAGUGAUGUUUCAUUCCAGCUGACCAGUUUAGAAAAUACAAAUGCCUUUCCCCUCCAAGCAGCAAAUGCCGUAACAACUCCCUUCCUAAGAGGUGAUACAUUACCACACGUAGCUACUCCUACAGACAGCCGUAUCUCUUCAAGUGUUUUUGAAACAAGUGAGACUGCCAGUGUCUCUUCAAGUUCCACACAUGGUUUUGAUCCUGUUCAUAUGCCUGCAGUUGUUUCUGUUUCUGAUGUGUCUGUUCAUCGCACUCUUCCUUUACCAAAUGUACAUAUUUCAGUUACGGGUGUUCCUUCCAAAAGUGAGAUCCCCGUAACUUCGAGUAGUUUGCUGAUUCCUUCUAGAGAAUCCUCUGGGUUGUCUCCCAGUAUCAUGUCCAGUACCGAUUUGUGGCCUCCUGUAGUUGAGGAUGACUACGAUGAAUAUGAUGAUGGCUUCCCUGUAAGUAACUGAUCUCAUAGAGAAGAUGAGGAUAUGGUAGUAGAGGAUCAAAAUACAAAGGUAAACAAUAACGAGGAUCAGAGUAACCUAAUUAUAAGCUCACAUUCUGAGAAACCUGAAGAAGAUAAAUUUUCAGCUGCUGCAUCAGACAGUCAGAUAAACCAUGCCAUGGACAGACGUAAUUAUACAUCCAUACCAACUUUGACAGCAAGUGUGAUACCUAAGAAGCACAACGACCCAACAGUUUUGGAGAACCACUUUCAGACUUCUAGUGUCCAGUUGCAAAACACAUCAGAGUCUAAGUCUUGGGCUGUUUUUACAAGUGAUGAAGAAAGUGGUUCUGGCCAAGGUACCUCAGAUAGCCUUAAUGAUAAUGAAACUUCAACAGAUUUCAGUUUUCCUGACUUUAAUGAGAGAGACACUGAAGGGGCAGUUGAAGCAGGUAACUCAGAAUUAACUCCUGGAUCAUCACAGUCAUCAGCCUCAUCUGUUACUAGUGAUCACUCAUCAGUAUUCAACAUCUCUGAGGCAGAGGCAAGUAAUAUUAGCCAUGAGUCUCGUAUUGGUCUAGCUGAGAGUCUGGAAUCAGAGAAGAAGACAGUUAUACCACUUGUGGUCGUAUCAGCCCUGACUUUUAUCUGUCUAGUGGUUCUUGUGGGUAUUCUCAUUUACUGGAGGAAAUGUUUCCAGACUGCUCACUUUUAUUUAGAAGAUAAUACAUCACCUCGAGUGAUUUCUGCUCCCCCAGCUCCAAUCUUCCCAGUCUCAGAUGAUGUUGGAGCAAUUCCAAUAAAGCAUUUUCCAAAACAUGUUGCAGAUUUACAUGCAAGUAAUGGUUUUUCUGAAGAAUUUGAGACACUGAAAGAGUUUUAUCAGGAAAUCCAGAGCUGUACUGUAGAUCUAGGUAUUACAUCAGACAGCUCUAAUCACCCUGACAACAAGAAUAAGAAUCGAUACAUAAACAUUGUUGCUUAUGAUCAUACUAGGGUUAAAUUAGCCCAGCUUGCAGAAAAGGAUGGAAAACUGACUGAUUACAUUAAUGCCAACUACGUCGAUGGCUACAACAAGCCAAAAGCCUACAUUGCAGCUCAAGGGCCACUAAAAUCGACAGCAGAAGAUUUCUGGAGAAUGAUAUGGGAACAUAACGUAGAAGUUAUUGUGAUGAUAACUAAUCUCGUUGAGAAAGGAAGGAGAAAAUGUGACCAGUACUGGCCUGCCGAAGGCAGUGAAGAAUAUGGGAACUUCUUGGUUACUCAGAAGAGUGUUCAUGUACUUGCCUAUUACACUGUGAGGAAUUUUACUCUUAGAAACACCAAAAUCAAAAAGGGUUCCCAGAAAGGGAGGUCUAGUGGACGUGUAGUAACUCAGUACCAUUAUACCCAGUGGCCUGACAUGGGUGUUCCAGAAUAUACAUUGCCUGUUCUCACCUUUGUGCGGAAGGCGUCACAUGCAAAGCGCCACGCCAUCGGGCCUGUUGUGGUUCAUUGCAGUACCUCACCUUUGAUGGAACAUUUGGAAAGAGAACCUCCUCAUGAAUUCUGUCCUUCUGGAGCUGACUCUGAGGAAGCCAACAGUGCUGGCGUUGGAAGGACAGGCACAUACAUAGUGUUAGACAGCAUGCUGCAGCAAAUUCAGCAUGAAGGGACAAUCAACAUAUUUGGAUUCUUAAAACACAUACGUACCCAAAGGAACUACUUGGUGCAGACUGAGGAGCAAUACAUCUUCAUUCACGAUGCAUUGGUUGAAGCAAUACUCAGUAAAGAAACAGAAGUCCUUGAGACCCACAUUCAUGCCUAUGUUAAUGCUCUCUUGAUACCUGGACCAACAGGAAAGACCAGACUGGAGAAACAAUUCAAGCUACUGAGCCAGUCUAACACACAGCAGUGUGAUUAUUCAACUGCACUCAAACAGUGUAACAGAGAAAAGAACCGAACUUCAUCUAUCAUUCCUGUGGAAAGAUCUAGAGUGGGUAUCUCAUCACUGUCUGGUGAAGGGACAGACUACAUCAAUGCUUCCUAUAUUAUGGGUUAUUAUCAAAGUAAUGAAUUCAUUAUUACCCAGCAUCCCUUACUACACACUAUCAAGGAUUUCUGGAGAAUGAUAUGGGACCAUAAUGCCCAGCUAAUAGUCAUGCUUCCUGAUAGCCAGAAUAUGGCUGAAGAUGAAUUUGUAUAUUGGCCAAACAAAGAUGAGCCUAUAAACUGUGAGAGUUUCAAAGUCACUAUGAUUGCUGAAGAACACAAGUGUCUGUCUAACGAGGAGAAGCUCAUAAUCCAAGACUUUAUUUUAGAAGCUACACAGGAUGACUAUGUACUUGAAGUGAGGCAUUUUCAGUGUCCAAAAUGGCCAAAUCCUGAUAGUCCUAUUAGUAAAACUUUUGAACUGAUCAGCAUCAUCAAAGAGGAAACUUCCAACCGUGAUGGGCCCAUGAUUGUACAUGAUGAGCAUGGAGGGGUGACAGCAGGAACUUUCUGUGCACUGACAACUCUGAUGCAUCAACUGGAAAAUGAGAAUUCAGUGGAUGUCUACCAUGUAGCGAAGAUGAUAAAUUUGAUGAGGCCUGGAGUCUUUACAGACAUUGAACAGUACCAGUUUCUGUACAAAGCUAUUCUCAGCCUUGUCAGCACAAGGCAAGAAGAAAACCCUUCGGCAUCUAUGGACAGUAAUGGCUCAGCUUUACCCGAUGGAAAUGCAGCUGAAAGUUUAGAAUCUUUAGUUUAAUUAACACAUCAAAUUAAACGUACACAUCACUACAUCACACCAGUCACACCUGUAGUUUACCAUUAUUAUUUUCAGUUUUAUACUUUGGGUGGGGAAAAUCUGUGCAGUCUCUCUAUAUAUAAUCAAAUCCCAGCCGUUGCUCAAACCAACAGUCUUUUCUGUUACAUACAACUUUACUGUGGAACUCUUAUCAUUAACAAUGUGUGCCUUUUCUUGAAAGAUUACUUGUAAUACAUUGUUAUGUCUGGACUAACUUGAUUGACUUUUACAGUGUUUCUAAGAAUUGAAUUGUGGUAUGAUUUUUUCAGUAUUAGUUUUUUGAUUUAUCUGGCUUUACUUUUAACUUAAAAUUAUCAUAUUUAUAGAUGUUAGGGAAUCCUCAAUUACAAACAUGCAAUGGGUUUAGUAUUUGAUCUAUUUGCUGUAUUUAUAACAAUUUACAUUUGCUAGAAAUAUAACUUUUAAUAUAGUAGAAUGUAAAUAAAAUACUGUUCUACAUAACAUUCAACAUUUUAAGACUUCUAUUAGACAUUUAGAAUAGUAAUCUGAUACUUACUGUAAAUACUGCUACUUCUGUAGUGAUCCAUGGACCAAAUUUAUAUUUAUAAUUGUAGAUUUUUAUAUUUUACUACAGAGUCAGUUUUCUAGUUCUGUGUAAUUGCCUUGUUAAAAAGUUGUAGUCAGUAUGUUUUUAUUUUAACAAAGUCUUCUGAUAUAUAAUUGUGCAUCUUAAGCAAUUUACCUUCAUAUAGCUGCAUGUGAUUUUAACUUUUUGUGGGAACUAGAAACCACUUGUUUUGAAAUGAGAAGUUUUUAUGAGAAUAACACUGUAUUUGGCAUUGUUAAAUUGUUUUUACCUAUGGCAUUGCAAAAAAUAAAUAUAAAUAUUACAGUC